AAACUCAUCUCCAUCUCGCCCGCCCGCUCACUCGAUCAGUCAGUCGCGCGUCGGUUCGGGGCAGUCGUAUACAUUACUUGAGUAUUUCUAGUAAUUAACACAAAUAUCAGAAAAAUCAUGAGCUCCAGCGAAAAUAACAGUGAAGUGGCAGUAGACAAGGUAGGCGAUGAGAAGACUGGGGACCCCAAAAGUGACCUAAAAGGAGCCAAAAGGGCAGCAGAGGAAAAACCUUCAGAGGCGAAAAAAGCCCGAAAGGAGGAGAACGGAGGUGGCGGUGAAGAUGAGGCCCACAGUGAGGAAGAAGAUUUGGUAGAAGGGUUCGAAGAGGGAGAGGGAGAGGAAGAUGAUGACGAGGAAGUUGAGGGGGAGGAGGGCGAGGAGGAUGAGGAGGAGUUAGGGGAGGGAGAGGACGACGAUCUCGACGAUGAGGAAGUUGAAGAGGAGUUAUUAGGUGAAGAAGAAGAGGAUGACGCGUAAUACGUCUCGUGCCUCUUUUUUUAAAGACAAUGUCACAGUGAAGUAAUAUAGUGUAUGUGACGCCCCGGAAUGGCGCGGCCGCGCUUCGCCCCAACUGACUGCAAGCGACAGCCCCAACACAAGAGGCGGCAGUUGGGAACACGCGUGGCCGACAUCACUCCCACCUAAAACGGGUGCACUUCUAUUUGAAUGACAAAAAAAACGUAAUUAAGUCUAAUACAGUGCAGAGUUAAAAAAGUUUAAUGUUUAAGUUCGGUACCGAUGUAUCAAUUUUUUUUCAAGUUUACUGCAACAAAUAAUUAGUUAAGACUUAGUAGAAUACUGUUGAAUUUUGUCAUGAAAUGUACAAAUGUGUUUUCGAAAGUAAACUUUAUUUCUAAGUGAAAAUCCACUCUGUAUUUAGGUUAACCUGUAAGCCCAAAUGGUGAAGUUGUGAUAUUUUUCUAUAUACAGUAGUAUAAUUAUUAUUGACAUUGUAAUGAAAUAUAGAAAUAACCCGGCCCGCUGUCUUAAUUAAUAAUAUAGAAUAAGCAAUUAAGUCACAAAGCUCAAUUCUUCAUUUUCCUGUUGUUGAUGAGAGUUUGUGUGUACAUAUUUAGUGUAAGGGAAGCCUGAGAGUUUAUGCACAGUAAUGUAAAAUAGCGUGGUUAUUGCAUUCAUUUAAAUGCUCCUGUUGUUUACAAGAAAUCGCGAUUUGCCUUUCCUAUACCUCCGCUGCUUCGUCGACUCUAACUCCUACCUCAUACUAAACAUAUUUUCUAACCGUUAACAAUAAUAAAACUCAUUGAAUGAAUCUGUUUCACUCGAGGAGUUUGGUGCCGACGUCGAGUGCGCAUCACUAAAUUGCAAUCGCCGACGAAUACUUACAUUUGUUGCAAAUAUUAGAAAAACAUCACAAUUUUGCCAUUAUCUUGAAGCACAUCGCGCGCCCGCCGCCCGCUCCCCUAGCGACUGAUAAAGAGAGCGCGACGGCCACAACGCGAUAGCGAUGAUACACCUUAAAAACCUGCCUGUAAUAUUGUCCAUAUUGUUAAUUAGGAUAGAACUCCCGCAGUUUUGUAUUCCAUCGUUUGAAGUGUGGAAAAAGAGAUUUCUAGGUUUAAAAAUGAUUAGUACGUAGGUUGGUAUGUUAUUCGACGAAGGGACGCGACGGGAGUUAGCGAGGCCGGUAGGGAGGGCGAGCGGCGUCGGUCCCCUCCCGCGAGCGCGUGGCCUCGUUCGAUUUGCCGCGCGCCGGCUUGUGCCCCCGUACCCCGUACCCCGCACCUCGCAAGCGCCGCGCGUCUGCCGGCCCUCACCAAGCCACGGCAACGCGUCGCGUGCGUGGAAAAACACUCGUCGCUCGCUGUACAUCGCCGCACGGCCGCUAGGCCGGAACGGCGAUGGACGCGUACACCGCCUGUCCACCUCGAUCUCUACCGGCCCGGGCGGCCGGUCGAUUCAAUAAAUACAAAUCGUGAAUGACUAUUUUUUUACUUCAGAAUCCGGCGCUCUUAAAAGACGAGUGAUUAUUAAAUUUAGCAUAAUUCACAUCGAUAUGAAUACUUGACCUUUUGUAUUUCUAUUUAAAUUGAUAACAUUGAAAUGAAAUAAAAAAUUAAUCAAAUUCUUAAUUGUAACGUGUCGCUUUUCGUUUAUGGUAAGAAUGAGCUGUCGCAUGUUGUGUACGAUAUACGACUACUGUGAAUACCUUAGUACGAUUUUUAUUUAUUUGUGAUGUUGAACACUAUUGAUUUUCUACGAUGGACGAAAUGUAAAUACAACCGAUUUUAAGUAAAA